GUCAAAGUUUAGUUGAACUGGUGCCGACAGCGUCCGAGCGGCCGACAACCUUCACGUUUUCCGCAAUGACAGCGCGAAACAUAACUCGAUUCUGGGAAUGGGGGAGGAAGAUAAUCUGCGUCGGGAGAAACUACGCGGACCACGCCAAAGAACUGAAAAAUGCGAUUCCCACAGAGCCGAUCCUGUUCCUGAAGCCGCCUUCUGCAUACGUGAGGGAGGGCUCCUCCAUCCUGGUGCCGCUGUACUCCAGCAACCUGCACCACGAAGUGGAGUUAGGAGUGGUCAUCGGGAAAGGGGGCACGGCCAUCCCACAGUCCGCCGCUAUGGAGCACGUUGCAGGCUACGCUCUGUGCUUGGACAUGACAGCCCGGGACGUCCAGGACGUUUGCAAGUCCAAGGGUCUUCCCUGGACCAGGGCUAAAGCGUUCGACACCUCCUGUCCCAUCAGCGAGUUCAUCCCCAAAGAGCGCAUCCCUGACCCGGGGAACGUGAAGCUGUGGCUGAAGGUGAACGACCAGCUGCGGCAGAACGGUUGCACCUCCCAGAUGAUUUUCUCCAUCCCCUAUCUCAUCAGCUACAUCAGCGAGUUCAUCACCCUGGAGGAGGGGGAUCUGAUCCUAACCGGGACCCCUAAAGGAGUCUCCGCCGUGCAGGAGCACGAUGAGCUGCAGGCUGGGAUCGAGGACGUGGUCACCAUGAGCUUCAGGGUGGACAGACAAGACCAGUAGUGUAAAUACACCAUUGAGGGGGAAAAUACUAAAGACUCGUGAGGAGAUUGUGUCUUCGCUUGUGUCUUCACUACAUUACAUUAUGCUAAAUGUAAUUACAAACGUGUACCAGCAGAUGGCAGCUGCGGGCCUCCAAAACCAUAUUUCUGACACUGCCUUGAACAAUUUGUGAGAAAAUGAACAAAAAAAAAACGCAAUUAGUAAUUGUUUCCAAUCAGCGGGGGUGGGAGUCGUAUUCAGAAUUUAUUAAAUUAUAUGAUUCAAUAAUAUCUUGUAAAAUUGUGUUAUUAAAAUUCCUUUUUUAGUUAUUGGUUAAAGAACUGUCAAUGUUUUAUUAGAUAUAUUACAUUAUUAAUCAUUUUAAAGCAUUGUUAUUUUGUAGGAGGUCAAGCUGGAGCUAACUGAAGCUGCUUUAUACAGUAUGCUGUAUGCAGUGGCUGAAGACAUAUUCAGAUCUUUUACAUAGUAAAUGUAUAAUGGAAUAGUCCUUUACAAGUUAUUUGCUUGCGGGUAAAAGCAAAACCUAAUGUGCACAACACCUCAAUGUUGCAGCUGCCGGCUGGUAAAUAUAGAGUUUAUUUAUACUAUUUGAUAAGUUGUUGUGUAGCAUAGUCUAUAUUAGUCCAUCAGUUUCCAUUGAUCAAUCAUCAAUGUUUCUGAAAUUGCAAAGUUAGUGACUGCAGCUACAAAGAAUGUAGUGGAUUAAAAUGGUAAAGGAGUAAAAAAAUAAAAAAAAUACUCAAGGAAACCUAAGCACCUACCAAUUUUCAUUAAGUACCAAUUUUUAUUUACCAAUAAAAGUAUAUGUUAAAAACCCAUCAA